AUGAAGACACAAGCCAACAAGAGGAAUCGCGACAAGUACUGUGAAUUCCAUAGGGAUCAUGACCACAACACAGAAAACUACUUCGACCUGCACAACCACAUCGAGGACCUGAUCAGGCGCGGGUACCUCAGCGUGUUCAUCGACAAGAACGAGAAGCCCGUGCAGGAGGAACAACAUGCAGAGAAUGCUUGGCUACAACCUCGAGCCCCUCCUGCUAGUGUGAUCCAUGUCAUAUCAGGAGGAAUCGCCACAGGAGGGGAGUGCAGCUCGGGGUGCAAGAAAUAUGCGCGACUAUGCAAAAUCGACAACCGCAGGCACAAAAAGAAACGCAACCUAUCUAUCACCUUCACCGACGUUGAUCUCUGGGGAGUCCAAACCCCGCACGAUGAUACCUUGGUCAUCACAGCCGAGGUUGCCAACUUUGAGAUGCAGCGGAUCAUGGUUGAUACUGGUAGUUCCGUUGAUGUGCUCUUCGAGGACGCAUUUGAGAAGCUUGGCAUAGACAAAGAGCGCCUCACCCCCAUCAACACUCCCCUAAUGGGCUUCUUGGGGGAGUCCCUCUUGCCCACUGGAAGGAUAACCCUUCCCUUCUUGAUCGGAGAUGGCGACAUUAUCGCAACGACCAUGGUAGACUUCAUCAUGGUUCGUUGCCCCUCGUCCUACAACACCAUCCUCGGCAGGUCGACCCUUAAUGCUUUACAGGCCAUGGUCUCAAUGUUCCACCUCGCCAUGAAGUUCCCCAUCGAGUAUGGAGUGGGCGUGGCACGUGGGGUCCAAAGAACUGUGCAGCAAUGCUACUUGCUCUCUUGUCGAGGACCGUGUCCAGCCGCAAAAACAUUGAUGGCUGAAGCCUAUGAUCUAAGGGACGAGGUGAGAGCACAACAUGGCCAACCUGUUGAAGACCUCAUCCAAGUGCCACUCAAAGAAGAAGACCCCGAGAAGAUAGUCCAGAUCAGCUCUCUCCUAGAUCGACCAACUUGUCGACGCAAUGACAGGCCAUGA